AUGGCCACCGUGGUAAAAAUGCCUCCAUGCAAUGGCCACCGAGUAUCUCCAACGGAUAACUUAUAUAUAGCACUAGUUUUUGAAAAGAGGGAAAAAGAAAGCGAAAAUUUCCACAUCUCCUCCGCCGUUCACUGGAGUCAACUUUCAGUUAUCACGAAGAUGAAAUUCCCAACUCAAGCUCUCAAAACAUUCGGGUUCCAUAUCGACCAGCGAUUGCCAAAAUUAAUCUCCGGCCGCCUUCAAAUUACACAGAAGUGUUGCCCGCCGUUUGGGGCGUUGCACGGUGGUUUGUCGGCAAUGAUUGCGGAGGAGAUUGGUGAUUACGGUGCCUACUUAGCUUCCGGCAAGCGAAAGCCUAUCGGAAUCCAACUUAACAUAAACCAUCUUAAGAGUGCCGAAGUCGGUGAUAUUGUGCUUGCAGAGGCUACUCCGGUCAAUGCCGGCAGAACUAUUCAGGUAUUUACCGCUUUCACCACUUAA